AUGUCGGACUCUUUUCGGACACCACCUCUGGCAAGUGAAAUAGAUCCUCCAGUAAAGCGUAGACAUAGUUCUCGGAGACCUUCAAAAAAUAAGUCACCUCCACCUGUUAUUUUGCCAUGGCGAUAUUUGCUUCCAGGUCAACGGGCUCGGCGCAUCUUCUCAACAUUAAGCUUGAGGCCUCUAAAAGAUUGGCAAAAUCGGUGGGAUCGCUCUCCGAAAGAUCUCUUUAUUUACGAGAGGCUUCCUCCAAAGUUGAGUCAGAACCGGCAUCCUCUAUUUGUCUCCGGUAACAAAGUGAGUUAA